AUGGCUGAUUAUAGUCCGUAUCUAGAAAAUAUAUGGUAUGAUAUCAAAAGUCCAGUUUCAUUUUCAGGACCAUUAACAUUAUUCCGUUAUGUUAAAAAAGAAGGCAAAUACAGUGUUAGUCUAAAAGAAAUUAAACAAUGGUUGAAUGACCAAGACAGCUAUAGUGUCAGAAAAAGGGUUUUGAGAAAAUUUAAAAGAGGUCGUGUCGUAGUAAAUGGUAUCGACUCUCUCUGGGACGUAGAUUUGGCUUCUUGCGAAUCUUUAUCCAAAUACAAUUCUGGUGUACGAUUUUUGAUGGUAACCGUGGAUGUUUUCUCAAGAUAUAUGUGGGUUGUACCAUUAAACGACAAAACUAACAAAGAAACUGUUAGAGGGUUUGACCAAAUUUUGAAUUCUACAAAUAGACGUCCAAUUACUCUUAGAAGUGAUAAAGGCCAGGAAUGGAAGGGUCAAAUUUUUCAGGCCUACCUGAAGAAACAAGGGAUCACCUAUUAUUCAACAGAGAGUGAUAAUCACGCAAAUUACAGCGAAGUUGCCAUCAGGUUUUUAAAGCAGGCCAUGUACAGAUACUUUGCAAGUAAACACACGUUUACUUUUACAGAUGUUUUGCAAGACAUUGUUUAUAAUUAUAACCAUAGAAUUCAUUCAGGCCUUAAUGGAAUGACACCUGCUGACGUCACAAAAUCUAAAGAAGAUGAAGCCAGAUAUUUCCAAUACAUUAGUCGUCAAAAGAAGCAAAAGUCGGUUUCAAAAUCAAAACUUAGCAUGUCCUACAAGUUUAAAGUACAUGACAUAGUACGCAUUUCUCAUUUAAAGCAUCCGUUUCAAAGGGAAUACAAUGACCGUUGGACAAGUGAAAUAUUUUAUAUUUCCAAAAGAUAUAAAAGGCAAGGGAUUCCAGUAUAUAAAAUUAAAGAGUACGACAACACCCCCGUGCUAGGAUCAUUUUAUGAACAAGAACUACAAAAAGUGAAUAAAUCUAGAGAGACUAAGUGGCAAAUAGACAAGAUUAUAAAAAGACGAACAGUGAAAGGUGUCAAACAAUCUUUAGUUAGUUGGCUAGGUUGGCCAAAAAAAUACAAUAGUUGGGUAGAUAGUAAAGAUAUAAGCGAAAAUGAAUGA